CCAGAUUUCAUCCGAUCAUCAUUUAUAUUUUUAACUCUCAUCCGUUUUUUCACUCUGUAUAUAAGAAGCGAGUUGGUGCCCUGAAGGGUCCCUCGUCUGUCCCUUCUUCUAUGUAAACCUUUUAUAGGUUAAUAAAGAAAUAUUCGCGAGGAGGACAUCGCAAAUUUCAGCUGGGCCCAGCACGGAUUUCCAAAAAUCUACUUUAUUUAAAUCGCCUUUUACCUUUUAUACGACAAUUUGAUAAUUUCAACUCAUGUGAAGAGGAAACCCUGAAGUUUUGCUUUAAAGUAAAGAAGAGAGAAAAUAAGGCUGUUGAACAAGUCCAGAACCCCUGGAUUUUGAAAUUUUUGUUUUUAACCUUUAUUUAAUCCAGUAAGUUGCGGUUUGAGAGGUAUUUUUACCUGUGAAGUAUUUACCUGUGUAGUAUUUACCUGUGAAGUAUUUACCUGUGUAGGAGUUCGAGCGGGCAUUUAGAAGUAACUCUCAAUACACUACUUUUUUUCCCCUCUGAAAACGACCUGAAUGUUAUAAUUCACGUUCUCUCCUACAAUUACAUAUAAUUGUUUUUAAUUUGCACACAUUAUCAAUUGAUUCCUACCGACACUGAAUACCUCAUUAAUAAGUUUACCCCGAUUCUUUGUUUUUAUCUAAUCUUAUUAUUUCAGUGCCUAUGUCGAGUAUUUUCAAUAUUUUGAUGGUUUGUUCCCGUCAGCAACUCUCCACAUUCUGCCACGAAUUUAAUCAGUUAUUUCACUGAAACAAUAAAACUUCGCUAACGACCUUGAUUAGUAAAAAACAGCCUUUAUUCAUCUUGAUAUUUUAUAUUUCUUUAUACUGUCUAACGAUAUCGCCGAAUUUAUUACACGUGUAUAUUGUGAUUUUCUUCACUUUACAAUGAAGAUCUUUAUAUUAACUUUACAAAAACCUACUAAUAUAAGUAGGUUUUUCAAUAUUUUGUCCAAUUUACGAUGAAUAAUUUUGUUGGUUUUUCGAAAUAUAAAUUUGGAUUAAAAUUUCCUGGCAUAUGUCAGCUUUUAAGUUUACAAAUAAAAUAUUCUACUUCAAAUUAUUAUGAAGAUUUUACAAACAGUGCCUCUAUUUAUGUACACUGGCCUUACUGUGCCAAAAGAUGCACGUACUGCAAUUUUAAUAAAUAUAUCAAUUCCAAUGUUAACAACAUACGAAUGACCGAUUCCUUAGUAACCGAAACUAAAGCUUUACUAAAACUUAGUGGAGUAAAGCAAAUAACGUCCAUCUUUUUCGGCGGUGGAACACCUUCUCUCGCACCUCCAAGCACUAUACAACGUAUCAUUGAAUGUGUAAAGCAGCUGGCAAAUCUCUCCAACCGAGCUGAAAUUACACUUGAAGCCAACCCAACAGCAUUAGAAUUCCAAAAAUUGCGCGACUUUAAAACAGCGGGUAUCAAUAGACUCUCUGUCGGCGUCCAAUCAUUAAACGAUGCGCAGCUUCGAAUUCUUGGCCGAAAUCACUCUGCAGCAGAGGCAAUUAGAUGUGUUGAAGAAGCUAUAAAUCUUUACAAAGGAAGCGUUUCGAUAGAUCUAAUUUUUGGAAUCCCUGGUCAGACUCUAAAGGAUUGGUUGGAAGAAUUGAAGAGGACUUUGUGCUUUUGUGAUGAUCAUUUGUCCUUGUAUCAGUUGAUUGUUAAGAGAGGAACUCCACUUUAUCAUAAAAGAUCUAAAGGAAUUAUGAAGUUUCCUAACGAUGAUAUUUUAGCAGAUAUGUAUGAAGAAACAGUAAAAAUAUUAGAGGAAGAACAUUUUUCACGUUAUGAAGUGUCAAACUUUGCCCGAAAUGGUGCUGAGAGCAUCCACAAUAAAUCUUAUUGGCAAGGUAAGCAGUAUAUUGGAGUAGGCCCAGGUGCUCAUGGCAGGUUUGUUACCAAAGGUCAAAGUCUGGAAGUAGGACAUAAUUUCCGACAGGCCCGUAUUCAGAUACUGGAGCCUGAGCAGUGGAUGGCUGCAGUUGAAAGAUUCGGACAUGGCACAAAAAUAUCAGUUCCACUAUCGUUGAAAGAUAUUUUAGAAGAAGGUCUGGUGAUGACUCUUCGUACAGAUGAAGGUAUUGACUGUUCAGAAUGGCACCAAAGGACUGGUGUGGAUCUACUGAAAAUUCUUUUUAGCUCUGAAACAAUUCAAGAGUACAUGCUGCAAGAGUUCUUUUCCAUAAAAGGAAAUCGGUUAAAAGCUACAAAAAAGGGAAUACUUGUACUCGACAGACUUCUUCCUGAUUUCAUAUUAGCCUUGCAACACUACUUUGAAUCAUUCGAGAAAAAUCAAAGGUAAAUAAUUUUAGUAAUUUUGUAAGAAUCAUUAUUAUAUAAUUGAUAAUAAGCGACUAGAUAAGUGGCUGCAUCUGUGGACAAGAAUGACCAUACAAAUAAAUAUGUAUUCCUUACCUUUA